AUGAUUUCCAACUCGGUGGCGUUUCUCGUGGAGAGCGGCAGGCGCGUAUUCUUUGACGCCGAACACUUCUUCGACGGCUACAGGGCGAACGCCCACUACGCUAUUCAGGCAGUGCAAGCCGCUGAGGUCGCGGGCGCAGAGUGCGUGGUGCUCUGCGACACCAACGGCGGCAUGAUGCCUGACGAAAUAUCAACCAUCGUGCAUCAGGUACGUCAGCGCACCGGCGUCGAACUCGGCAUCCACACGCACAACGAUGCUGACAUGGCUGUCGCGGGCGCCCUCGCAGCAGUGCGCGCCGGCGUGACGCAGGUGCAGGGCACGAUGAACGGCUACGGCGAACGCUGCGGCAACGCCAACCUCGUCUCCCUGAUCGCCAACCUAAAGCUCAAGCUGGGAAUCGAGUGCGUAAGCGAUGAGCAACUCGCAUCGCUCACGGAGGCAAGCCGCUAUGUCGCGGAAGUCGCCAACAUGCCUACGCUCAACUCUCAGCCGUAUGUGGGCGGCAGCGCAUUCGCGCACAAGGGCGGUCUGCACGCCUCCGCCGUCUCAAAGGUCGAGCACAGCUACCAGCACAUACAGCCACGCAGCUCGGCAACGAUAAGCGGGUGCUUGUCUCCGACCUGUCCGGACGCGGCAACAUCCUCUGGAAGAGCGCGUGAGGUCUGCCCCGACGCCGAACUGACGCAGGCGCAGGCGCGCCAACUUCUGGAAGAGAUAAAGACCGCGAGAACAAGGCUUUCACCCGACUACUCGCCGCCGUUUUCGCUCGUAGAUUUCGUCUCCAUGGUAGAGAAGCGCUCAGACAACGCUCGCGCCGGCGACAUCAGCUCGCAAGUGAUGCUGAAGGUGCGCGUUGACGACGAGGUGAUGCACACAGCCGCGGAGGGCAACGGCCCCGUCAAUGCACUCGACCACGCCCUGCGAAAAGCGCUGGAGCAGUUCUACCCUGACCUGCAAGUCGUGCGCCUGCUUUGA